UUACUUCCAGAAGCAGUUCCAGAGUCCGGGAAAGCUUGCACCAUGCCUAUGAUCCUGGGUUACUGGGACAUCCGAGGGCUCGCACAUUGCGUCCGGCUGCUCCUGGAAUACACCGGCUCAGACUAUGAGGAAAAGAAGUACAUCUACGGGGGCGGUAAUGGCACCACAGAAGAGGAGAAGAUGCGAGUGGACAUCUUGCAGAACCAGGCCACAGACACCUCCAACGACCUGGCCAGGGUGUGCUACAGCCCCGACUUUGAGAAGCUGAAGCCACAGUACUUGGAGGCCCUGCCUGGAAAGAUGAAGCUGUACUCACAGUUCCUGGGGAAGCGGCCAUGGUUCGCAGGGGACAAGAUCACUUUCGUGGAUUUCCUGGCUUAUGAUGCCCUUGACAUACACCGUGUCUUUGAGCCCAAGUGCCUGGACGCGUUCCCAAACCUGAAGGACUUCAUGGUGCGCGUUGAGGGCCUGAAGAAGAUUUCUGCCUACAUGAAGUCCAGCCACUUCCUCCCACACCCUGUCUUUGGCCGGGAGGCUCUCUGGGGCAAUAAUUAGGGCCUAGAAACCCAGGAGAAGGAGAAGGUGCCAGCCCUGUGCCUGCUGCCAGGGAACACCAGCUUCCCAGUACCAGCCCUCUCCUCCCCGCCCUCCUGAUCGCUCCAUGCUCCUCCCCACGCCCUUGCCCAACCCCACGGGAUCGAGACCCUCUAAAGCCCCAUCUCCCACUUCCCUUGUCCCUGCAGGGAAGCCAACCUGCUGACCCUUGUUGGCAGGGCUCAUCCUGAGCUGCCUGCUCUGCCCUGAGUGACCAGAAUGUUGUACAAGCAGUGCUUCUUCGG